UAAUAAUGAGUAGCAUGAAUUAAAACAACGUUAAUUAGCAGGGCUGUGAUUGGUGUAUACAGAGUACAGGGCGCCUCGGUGACACAGGCAUUAUACCUAAUAGGGGGUGCAGGUGUUCGGCACUUUACUAUAGCACCCAGUUCCGCUUGCUAGCGGUUACUAUGGUAACUGGACACCAAGCUGUGCUCCUAUAGUAACAGUGGCCUAGUCAGCAUGGCGGCGCCGCGCUGGGUGGACAGUCUGAAGGCGGCCAAGAAAACGGCUAUCCUGCAAGAUGGCAGGAAAAAAGUGCAUUACCUGUUUGAAGAUGGUAAAGAAAUGGUGGAAGAAUAUGAUUCAAAGACCUAUGAACUGUUGCUUCGUAAAUGGAGACAGAAAUCUGCCCUUGGAGCACAUUGCCAAUGGCAAACUGAGGUUGGGGAAGCAGCAGUACAAAGUAUUGGAGCAUUAGAACCUGACUUCCUAAAGGAAAGCAAUACAAAUCCCAUUUUCAUGAGGAAGGAUACCAGAACAAGUUUUCAGUGGAGAAUUCGCAACCUGCCUUACCCAAAAGAUGUCUAUAGUGUUACUGUAGAGAAGGUGGAGCGUUGCUGCGUUAUACGAACAAGUAACAAAAAAUAUUAUAAAAAAUUCUCUAUUCCUGACUUGGACAGAUGUCAGCUUGACUUGAAUGACAGUGCCCUAAGCUUUGCCCAUGCUAAUAACACUUUAAUCAUAACUUAUCAGAAGCCAAAGGAAAUCCUUUCUGUUGAAGAAGAAUUACAACAGGAGCUCAGAUCACUGCAGACUACAGCGGAUGGAGAUGUGGAAUGUAAAACCCAGUGAGGAAGAGACGGCAGGAUUUAUAUUUAUAUUUCUAAUUUUGUAAAAAAAAUAUAUAAAAUACUGAAUGUAGUAAUAUUUUCUUUGUAUUUUGUUUGUGAUACAAUUUAACACAGUAAAAUGCAUUUGAUUCCCAGACAGAGAAUAAUUCCUUAUUAGAAAGUGCAGCAAUAACAUGUUAGUUAAAAAGACAUAAUAAACAUACCAUUUUAAACAA